UGUAACGGUCGUUUUUGGCUUACACAGGAAUAGUAGCUGAGAAACGGCUUGCUCUUAGUAUACAGAGCACGUGUUUGUAUUUCGCAGUAACUCGUGUUUCCAGUGCCUCGUGUUAUUAUUUUGAAUCGAGUUUUAAAUAAUAACUUGAUAAAAUGAGUCGUAAAAUCGAUAAAAAUAAACCAAAUUAUCGUCCUAACUAUCCUCGUCGUAAAAAAUUUCAAGGAAAUCAAUUUUCUCAAAUCAUGGAAGUUGACGAUGAGUCCAACGAUGAAGCUAGUGCGUCAAGAUCCGCAAAGAAAUUGAAGUCAUCAGCGGACGAUAUUAUUAUUAGCCAAAGUUUUGGCUACAGGAUCAUUGAGUUUGUCAGUGUAUUUUCUGCUCUUGCUGAUAUAUUGGUGUGCAAACAGUGCAAGCGAAAAGUGUCGUUCGGUCAAUCAGGUGAUAAAGGGCUCGGUUUCAAAAUUUCCGUUACUUGUACAUGUGGCACUCUACUCAUUCCAUCUAGCCCGUUUAUUCACUGUGCUUAUGAGAUAAAUAGACGUAUAGUUAUUGCAAUGCGUUUACUUGGUGUCGCUCGAGAAGGUAUAAAUAUUUUUUGUGGAGUGAUGAAUUUAGGCAGCGGACUAAGUAAAAAUGCUUAUGGACUCAUUAUCGAACACAUACAUACUUCCGUGCAAAAGUUGUUCGAUAUCUCUUGCAAAAAUGCUAUUGAAAACGAAAAAAAAGAAAAUGAAGCACGAGAACAACCGUUACUCAAUUUGACUAUUAGCGGCGAUGGAUCUUGGAAGAAGCGCGGCUUUUCGUCUUUGUACGGAGUAAUUACGUUUAUAGGCUAUUAUUCGAGUAAGGUAGUCGAUUUGGUAGUAAAAAGCAGUUACUGCCAAGUAUGUACGUACUUCAGAAAUAAAUCCGAUUAUCUAGAAAUCGCAGAGCACGAAGAAGUUUGUACCAUAAAUCAUAAAGGCUCUUCAGGCAAAAUGGAAGUCGACGCAGUUCUUGAAAUGUUCGGCCGUUCAGAAGAAAAAUACGGUGUACGUUACGUGAAUUAUGUUGGAGAUGGCGAUACAAAAACAUUUAAAGCAAUAUUAGAUGCAAAUCCGUACGAAAAUACUGAAAUAAAAAAAAGUGAGUGCGUAGAUCAUGUGGAAAAACGCAUGGGAAGCCGUCUUCGAAAUAUAAAAAAGAUCGCAAAGCUCGGUGGAAAAGGCAAACUAACCGAUGCUUUAAUUAAAAAGUUAACAAAAUACUAUGGUCUUGCUAUACGAAGAAAUGCCAAGUCGAAAGAUGAUAUGAAAAAAGCUAUUAUGGCCACGUAUUAUCAUUUAAUAUCUACCGAUGAAAAGCCCCAGCAUCAGUUCUGCCCUACUGGCAUCGACUCGUGGUGUCAAUACAACGCUGCACAAGCCAAUAAUAUUUCUUAUGAGCAUCCAGCUCCACUGCACGUAGAUGUACAAAAAAGCAUAUUACCUAUCUACGAAGAUUUGUCACGAGAUGACUUGCUUGAGCGUUGUGUUGGCGGUUUUACUCAAAACGCAAACGAAUCUUUCAAUUCAACUCUCUGGCGUCUAGCUCCGAAGCACUUGAAUUGUGGCGCAAAAAUUAUUGAAAUCGCAGCUUUUUUAGCUGGAGGAAUCUUCAAUGAUGGCUAUUUAUUCGUACUUAAAGUCAUGAGGGACCUGGACUUGACAAUAGGCUUGGAAUGCAAGAAUUUUGCGGACUCGUACGAUAGCAAUCGAGUGAAGAGGCAAGAGCGGCGCUCGUUAAAUUCGUCAAAAGAGGCUAGAACUGCCCAGAAAGAAAAAAAUGCUGCUGAAUUAGAUGAUUUUAUUGAAGAAGAAGGCUUGCUUUAUGGACCUGGUAUCGCAGAUUAGCUUAGUUGAUUACAAGAGGCUGGGUAUUCCACGGCGCAAAUCGAAGGAGUCAACUUUGAACAGCUGUAGCGCCGCCAUUUUUUAAUUUUUUUGCAUAAAAAUUUAUGAGUGAAUACAUCAUAACAUAUACUAUACUAUGUAACUUCAUUUGAUACAAUAAGUGUAUUCAAUUUCUCAAAAAAAAUUAUUAAAAUACCUGUUGUCUGGACGAUCCUCCCCCCAU